GGGUGGACCACAGGGUGGUUUGAAAGCCCGGCGCGCACCGUACGAGCGGCGGUUCGGCCUGUCCCUGGGAUGUCGGUUUUGCGGCCGCUGGACAAACUGCCUGGCCUGAACACGGCCACCAUCUUGCUGGUGGGCACGGAGGAUGCUCUUCUGCAGCAGCUGGCCGAUGCGAUGCUCAAGGAGGAUUGCACAUCGGAGCUGAAGGUCCACUUGGCAAAGUCCCUCCCUCUGCCCUCCAAUGUGAAUCGGCCCCGAAUUGACUUGAUUGUGUUCGUGGUCAACCUUCACAGCAAACACAGCCUCCGGAAUGUUGAGGAGUCCCUGCACCAUGUGGACGCCACCUUCUUCCUGGGGAAGGUGAGCUUCCUCGCCACAGGCGCUGGGCGGGAGAGCCACUGCAGCAUUCACCGGAACACCGUCGUGAAGCUGGCCCGCACCUACCGGAGCCCCCUGCUCUUCUGUGACCUGGAGAUAGGAGACUUUCGAGUCACCAUGGCGCAGCGCCUGGUCCGCAUGCUGCAGAUCUGCGCCGGCCACGUGCCCAGCGUCUCGGCCCUGAACUUGCUGUCCCUGCUGCAGAGCUCUGAGAACCCCUCCCUGGAGGACCUGUGAGGGCCACCAGCCCCCGGGCUGCCCCUCCCCAUGGCUUGGUGGCCGGCUCAGUAAACAGUCACUGUUGCUGGCGCUUGACAGGCCGGGGUCAGCGGGCAGUUCCCUCAGGGCCCAAAGUCCUCGAGCUCCAGCGGGGCGUGCCGGGGGCAGAGGGUGGGGAGGGAGCCCAGCUGGUGGGACUCCAGCCCCCUCCCCCUCCCACGCUCACUCCAGCAGAGCCCCAGGUCUUCAUCCAUCUGACGUGUUCUCUCUCCACUUAAGACUUCAACUGAACAGAGGGUCCGUGGCUAAAAAAAGUUUGAAAAUCACUGGUCUCGUCCACCACUCUGAUUCUGCAGAUGAGCAAACUGACUCAGAACAAUUAGGAGUCGGGUAGGGGGAGCUUGGACUCUAUGAGCCCAGUCUGACUCCGCAUCCUGGCCUUGCCAUGCUUAUAGGACCUGGUUGUUGCCUCUUGGGGCCUCAGUUUUCCCAGGUGUGAAAUGGAGAUUGUUCUACUUACCCUGUUGCAUUGUGAGGAUUGUAUGAAAUGGUGGAGGUGAAGUGCCUGAGGUUGUAUUACUCUUGCGCUUGUUUGAGUGCUUGAUGUAUUUCGUAAUAAACGUGUUAAUGCUUACACAGUGCCAGGUAAGCACUC